UCUUUAAAAACAUUUUUAUUAUGAUUGUUAUUAUUCCUUUUUUUUGUUUGUAAAAAAUGAAUUUUCUAUUUAUUGUGAUAUGCUUGUAAAUGAACAUAAAGAAGCUGAAGAACGGUAUGAAAAACUGAAAGCAAAGCAACAGAAAACAAAAGAAAUGUUAAAAGUGUCAGAACAAGAAGUGACAUCGCUAAAGGAAAUGAUUUGUGGUAUGGAACAACACAUGGAAAUAUUUGCUCAAAAUGAAAUAUCCAAUAAAAAUUAUAUAAGCUCUCUAACGAAAAUGUUUAAAGAAAAACAAACUAACCAACACGAUAUGCUAGCCGAACUAGAUAGAAUGAGAAAUUUAUAUGAAGAACAAAAUCAGAGUUCUACUCCAGAAUUUGGUGAUGCCGAAAUUGUAGUCAACAGCUUUAGAUUAAAAGUAUAUUGCCUCAAAGAUUUAGAAAAAUCUAUUUCAAAACGCAUUAAAGAACUGGAUCAGUUUUGGGUGGUCGAUGAAUGUAGUUCUCCAAUGUUUGAAGAUAUAUCUGUUGCGGAGAGAUCCGAAUUGCAGAAUAAUAUAAGAGUACAGGAGCGUUUAAGCAGAAUGUAUAAAUCGGAAGACGCCAUUUUGAAAAAAGCGCUCAACAAACAACUUAAAGACUUGCAAUCUGAAGUUGAUACAUUAAGAACGAGACUCGCUGAAAAGAGUAAUCAAUUGACUGCAGCAAAAAUGAAAAUCGAUAAUCUCCAAGUAUUACAAACUAAUGACAUUGAAAUGACUACUCUAUACAAUACAUUAAAAGAAAGUAAAGUGGAACAUAACAAAUGUUUUCAAGUGUUGGAAGAUAAAAAUAAUGAGAUCUUGAAGCUUCAAAUCAUAAAUAUUCAAAAUUAGUCAAUGAGUUUGAGAGACUAAAUUCAAAAAGUAUUCAAAAACAACCUAGCAACGAGUGUACAGAUAAAGCAUAUACUGAUAACUGGUAGCCUGCGUUAAACGAUGAGCGUAUUGCAAUAGUGUCACGAUAUCGCUUACUGGUAUGGCAAAAGAUGUAUUUAGUAAAACUGGCCAGGGGCAAAGAUAAGUUGCUGAAGAUUAUAACUCUUGAAUUAGACGAUGGGCAUCUUAAAACGACUAUGCAAAAAAUAUGUGGUAAACGGAAAAUGUCCAGAUUCAAGAUUGUUGCAAUUUGUGUGGUAGCCAUGAGGCGUAUGCAAACGACUGCUGCGGCGAAAUAUGCAGGCCUCCGACUCGAGAAUACACACUAUAGUUUACCAAGAAAAAUGCCAUGGAUAAAAUGUUAAUAUUGUGUUUCAAUAAAGUGCCAUCACAAUUUUAUAGUUGUAUGUUUAUAUAUUUAUAUUUUGACUAAAAUGUGCCUUAUUUAUAAUAUAUAUUGUAUAAUGAAAUUAUUGGUUUGUGAAAUCAGAAUUUUAUUAAGCUCACUAAGCUCACUAAGUUUACAAAACUAGUUUCAUAUUAUUAUUAUUUUUAUAUUAUUUGCUCAAUUUUUUGUUGUAGUCAUUACGUGUAAUAAUUAAAAAGACUUAAACAC